GCGACAGCGAAUGGCGUGGUUGUGGACAUGACAUACAAACCUACCGAGACGCCCCUUCUAAUGCUCGCGAAAAGUGCAGCUCCCAACUGGGCGGGAGUUAUGGGGGUUGAGGUGCUCCUGGAGCAGGGCUGUGUGCAAUUUGAAACAUGGACGGGACAUAGAUGCCCGAAGCAUGUCGUGUCAAAGAGUGUUGGAGAAAUAUUUUGCAGCUGCCUAGGUGGAUCU